AUGUCUUCUAUAGAAGAAUUGCAGAAGAAAGUGUCUGAAUUGGAAGCUAAACUUGCAGCAGUCCAAGGAAAUGUUGGGGCAGUUCGACAAAAAAUCGAAGUUAUGUCUUCUGAAGUAGUGGAUUCCAAUCCCUACAGUCGACUCAUGGCUUUAAAGCGUAUGGGUAUAGUGAACAACUAUGAGAAGAUCCGUGAGAUGUCAGUAGCUGUGGUGGGUGUUGGUGGAGUUGGCAGUGUCACAGCCGAGAUGUUGACUAGAUGUGGCAUCGGAAAGUUGAUUCUCUUCGAUUAUGACAAAGUGGAGUUGGCCAACAUGAACCGCCUGUUCUUUCAACCACACCAGGCCGGCCUGAGUAAGGUUGAUGCAGCAUCAGCCACAUUAAGAGCUAUCAACCCCGAUGUCACCAUUGAUGCAUACAACUAUAAUAUCACUACAGUCGACAACUUCCAAAAUUUCUGUGAUACUAUUAGAACAGGCAGCUUAACCAAUGGCCCUGUAGACCUGGUGCUGAGUUGUGUUGAUAAUUUCGAGGCUCGCAUGGCUAUCAACAUGGCCUGCAAUGAACUUAACCAGAAGUGGUUUGAGUCUGGUGUUAGUGAGAAUGCUGUGUCCGGACACAUACAGUUUAUUAUACCAGGGGAGACUGCUUGCUUUGCAUGCGCGCCGCCGCUGGUGGUGGCGUCUAAUAUUGAUGAGAAGACCUUGAAGCGUGAUGGAGUGUGUGCCGCUUCACUCCCUACCACUAUGGGCAUUGUGGCCGGAUUCCUCGUUCAAAAUACACUCAAAUAUCUGCUGAGUUUCGGUAACGUGUCCCACUACUUGGGGUACAGCGCUAUGACUGACUACUUUCCUCGGAUGAGUUUGAAGCCGAAUCCUCAAUGUGACGACUCGUUUUGUCGUCAGCGACAGUCCGAAUACUCGGCGAAGCCCGCGGUAGAGCUUGCAACCGAGGUCACAGAAGACCCCGCGCCCUUACACGAAGACAACGAGUGGGGUAUCAGUCUGGUGGAUGAGAACUCUCCUGAAGAAGAGUCCCCGGGAUUGAAGCUCGUGGAAGGAGUUCAGGUGGCAUACGCGAUGGCUGGAGACAGCAGUACACCGGAGACCAGCUCGGCGGUGGCCGCUGAGGAGGACCUGGAGGAGCUGAUGAGGAAGAUGAAGAAUAUGUAG